GGGCACCAAACACAGGCAUUACUAGGGAGGAGGGAGCGUCGAACGGGGCAGCUCGUGCUCUCUACGCAACGAAACAGUCGGCAAUCAUGUUCUCCCGUGCAGCAAUGGAGGCGGCUCGGGUUGCACGGUCCGUCCCGUUGAGAGCUCGCGUGGCUGCGGCGGCCAGCGCAGCGGCAGGGGCCGCGGCGGUGGGAGGCGCGACGGUGCUCUGCGACGAUGCCGUGCACACGGUGGAGUACGACUGGCCGCACUCGGGGUUCCUGCAGACCUUCGACCACGCAGCAAUCCGCCGAGGGUGGCAGGUGUACCGGGAGGUCUGCUCGACCUGCCAUUCGAUUAAGUUCGUCGCCUUCCGCAACCUCAUCGGGGUUUCCCACUCGGAGGCCGAGGUUAAGAAGAUCGCGGCAGAGUUUGAGGUAGAGGACGGGCCCAACGACGAGGGCGAGAUGUUCGAGCGCCCCGCCAAGCCUUCCGACCGCAUCCCCGGCCCGUACAAGAACGAGGCCUCCGCGCGCGCGGCCAACAACGGGGCCUACCCGCCGGAUCUCUCGCUCGUGGUGAAGGGGCGCCACCUGGGGCACCACUACGUGAUGUCCCUCCUGACGGGCUACACCGAGGCCCCCGUCGGCAAGGACCUCCUGCCCGGCCUUCACUACAACCCCUACUUCCCCGGGACGUCUAUCUCCAUGCCCCCUCCGCUCAUGGACGGUCAGGUCGAGUACCCGGACGGGACACCAGCCACCGUAUCCCAGAUGUCCAAGGACGUGACCACCUUCCUGGCGUGGUGCGCCGAGCCGGAGAUGGACGAGCGCAAGCGCAUGGGCAUGAAGUGGUGCUCGGCCAUGUUCCUCGGCCUGGCCCUGUCCAUGUACUACAAGCGCUUCCGGUGGUCGCCGCUCAAGACCCGCAAGAUCACCUACCACGACAUCAACCGCUAA